UUCCCUUCGGAUAAUAGGCGGUUAGCCAGGCUGAUAUGGCUGUGGCACACACUGCACCACUGCUGUCGUUCCUACUGGGUAGGCUAUGCAGGGUUGGGUGUAUCCCGAGGCGUAACACAUACUUACACACAACGAUUGCACACAGCCGUCAGCCAGGCCACCGACAAGUCUGCUGGCGGCAGCAAUACGAAGACGAAUCCGGCGGUGACGACGACGACUCAGACGAGCGAUACCGCCACAUACAAAGGGAGGCCUGGCGGCCACAGGCGGCCAGCCAUCGAGAGACUAAUGCGGCGGCAGCGGCGGCAAUAGCAGUAGCAGUAGCAGCACUAGGCGUUACGACGAUCGUAGAGUGAUUCUCUCUGUCGUCAAACGCCGUCGACGGAGGGGCAGACUCUCUCGCUGUGGCGGAGAUCGAGAGGCAUAGCAGUACAGCAGCCCCCAUCAAUCUACUAUCGAUGAUGGGUAAGAGAAGCUUGUGCUUGCUGCUUUGUUUCUCGAACGAAACCAUUGUUGCUUAAUUGGGAUACUGCAGAUGACCUGCCGCCAAACCGAUUCUAUUAAUUGUAACAUAGCGUGGCGUAACCUAACUAGCACAGUCCUGAUGCGAUAGGUGCUGAGUCCCGUAAGACCUGUCGGUUCUCGCAGGCUUUCGAAUUUGUAUCGUAAGCCACCGUUUGUUGAGUGUACUGUGAUCUGGUGGUUGGCCUAGCCCGUCUAAUCCUUCGAAUCUUUAUGUAAAUCGCAGAUAGGUGCGAUUUAAUGGAUAAUCUUCGCUUCCCCAUAUGUGUGUAUAUAUAUAUAAAGAUGAGCGCGUAUACCUUCAUGAUGCAAACGGAUAGUUCCUCAUCGGCGAACAGCAGUGUAAAGUAAGGGGUGGGGGAUAGCGCAAGUCAAAUGGGCUACUGAUGCUAAAGCGGCUACAAAGCACAGGUAGCAGGACCGGUUGCCCGAUGGUGCCAGUGCGUUGAUGAGCCCGUAUCCUAACCAAAAAUGGUUCACCGAGGCAGUUCGUCACACAUGCAGGCUCAACGAUGCGGUAUGCUCGCGACGAAUGGCGUUAUUAGCGAAAUGCGUUAAGGGACGACACAAAGCGAGCUAGGUUGAUCCAGAAGAGCUUGCUACAGACGUUGGACUCAAGAACAUAAAAACCGCAACCGACCUACAUUACGGCAGGCUGGCGUUGAUGUAGCCUUAGAAGAUGCCACCCUGUGAAGAUGUAUCCUUGCCAUCUUGCCAACACCCGAGUGAUUGGUCCUGUGCAGCCGUUGUCUUCGAUGAAAUCUCCACUACUUCUGCUUCUCCAUGAAGAGAACGCUUCGACGCAAUUGGCAUCGGCUGUCUGCUAACUUGACCCUCCGUCGCCGGAAACAUCUGCGGUUCGAAACGCAUUGACCAUCUUUGUCGAAGGACACACGACUUGAAGGACAUACCAAUGCUUAUUGGCACCUCGAUAAUUCUUGCUACCUGAAAGAGAUCCAGAUGGCUUUCGAGGCGAAGCCGCCAUCGAUCGUAACGAUCAAUCCUGGAGGUUUGGGAAGCACGGGCGUUGGCGUCGGUAUGGGGGGCACCAUCCAACUGGGAACGUGGACGAACGGCGAGACGGUGUUUCACAUGGUGCCCGUGCUUAUCAACAACCUCAAUUCACAGGCAACUGGCCACGGCGGUCAUGGACCCCAUGGGCCGGCACCGUCUGCCCAUCAAGCACAUGUUGGAGGCCAUCCGCACAUCAACAACAGCCUCAACAACAUCUCGAAUAUAUCGUCAAUGAGUAACAUCUCAUCUAUGAACAGUCUCAGCAAUCUACAAGGCAUCAACGGACUUGGCAGUGUGACAUCAUCGGCAAACUCAAUAGUCCCAGCAAACGAUGUUACCGUCGGAUCUAACGCAGGCCAAGUUGUUGUUAGCAGCAGUAGCAGCCAUAGUGGAGGUGGCAUCCACCAUCACACAGCAAGUGGUCAUCACGGAAAUCAUGCUGGCCACCAUCCACAUCCACUGGUUACUGCGGCGUCGUACGGCGGGUCUCAUGUGACUACGCAUGGACAUACAACGACUUCGCACGCAGCAGCUGCCGCGCACGCAGCUCAUGCUGCCCAGGCAACCUUGGCCGCGCUCGGCACAGUGGCCAGUGCAGGGGCCACCGCAGGGGCAGUGGUUGUGGUCAAAGAAAAAAAACAUAAAUGUGAGUUCUGCGGGAAGCGGUUCACUCAUCGACACCACCUGAAGACUCAUGAGAAGACGCAUACCAAUGAGUUAGAGCAUGGAUGCUCAUUUUGCGAUCGACGCUUUAAUCGCAAGGAUGUGUUACAGGUGCACGAACGGUCACACACUGGUGAAAAGCCCUAUAAGUGUCGCUUCUGCGACGAAGUGUUCUCGGACUGUCGGAUGCGCACCCGACAUGAGAGUCGGGCUCAUCCCAACAAGCAAUAUGUAUGCGAACAGUGUGGCGAGGUAUUCGGGGUUGAUCGGCGGCAGUUUUCAUCACAUAUGAAAAAGACGCAUCGUUCGGCUGUAUACAAAUGUGAAUUCUGCUCGCUGACGUUUGUCAGUCUACGGUUGAUGCACGAGCAUAUCCGUGCGCACCACCACCCGCAUCCGCCCGCCCUUCCGUUGCCUGCUCCACCGCAGCCAACACGAAAGCAACAGCAGCAGCAACAGCAGCAGCAGCGCGUGCAGAUCGUUCUUGAGCCCGAGGUCGAAGCGCCGGACGUACAAGCCGUUGUCAGCAUCGAAAACGGGGGUAACAGCGUGCAUGUACGGAACGUGGCCUCAAGUCACGGAACCACGACUGGCGGAGGCUCUUCAAAGGGUCGCCGAGGGAAUCAGCAACAUUCUGCGGGCGGCUCAACUGCUGGAAGCGGCGGGGGCUCCGGAGGUGGCGCGACGGCAUCAUUCAAGUGCACGUACUGCACGCGGACAUUUAACCGCAAGGACUGUUGGAAAAAGCACGAGCGCUCGCAUACCGGCGAGAAGCCAUAUAAGUGCCGAUUCUGCGUCGAGCCGUUCGCAUGCACGACAGCCCGUGCUCGACACGAACUUAAGUACCACCAGGGCGAGAAGUACCAGUGCGAAGAAUGUCGACAAGAAUUUCCCACCAAGCAGCUAUACAACUCACAUAUGAAGGGUUCACAUCCGGACGAGCCUGGCUCACUUCGAUGCGGCCUCUGCGCGAAAACGUUCAAGGAGGCCAGCGAGCUGGAACGCCACAUCACAGCAAUACACUCGACACACGACGAACGCCUGAUGAGGGCGUGCAGCUCACUGUUACCGUCGCAUAUUUCUGCGGCAAUCAUCAAAGAUGAGGGAUCCAUGCUGAGUACCGGAAAAGACCAUCCAAAUCAGGGCCAACAACAACAACAACAGCAACAACAGACACCGCAACAACAGGCCGCACAGCAACAAGUAGCUCAACAGGCCGCACAGCAACAAGCAGCCCAACAACAAGCUGCUCAACAACAGGCCGCACAAGCUGCACAACAGCAGGCCCAGGCGCACUUUUUGGCUCCCGAAAUACUCGAGGAGGACAACCCAGCUAAUGAGCUAUUCGAAACGUAACUGUUUUCCAAUCAGCCUGCAGCUGCUGAUUCGGGACAUCAACUAUUACUAGAGCUAUAAAAAAGAAGCACGGGGUGUAAAAACAGAGAGCAGAAGAAAUUAACAGGGAGAAGAUUAAGAAAAUCAUAAUAAUGACCAAGUAAACGUGACCAUGAUAGGAUGAUGAUACCCCCGAUGAAAAUAGGAAUUAUAAUAGUGACAACGUUCAUUCAGAGACAGUACUAUCACCGUCGACAGCCAGUCACUCCUGAAUGAAUGACCUUACCAAGAUGAUAGACGAUGAUGACACAUCGUAAAUAACGUUUAUGGGAUGCUAAACGAUAUACCGUCGAUGAAUAAUGUUUAUUAAAGUUGGAUUAACGACAACGUCGACAACAAGCUGGUUGGACCGAAAUGAAUAUGUACGAAACGAUGACCUGGUCGUAGUAUAAACCAGUAGUGUAUAUUAUCGUUCCAGUAUAUUCUUUUGAUUCGUAUCAUUCAGAGCUCCUCUGCUCAUUCGCUCGCUCUCAUAACCAGAAACGCGGUGUUCCCAUACAACGUUCUCGCCCGUGUUUGCUGCGGACUCGCUACUCUGAUGAUCAUUCCUCCACAACAUCCAUCGAUUCACACUCAUUGAUUCAUUUAUCUCAGCGGUCCUGACGUCAGAUAAGUGGCAGCCAACCUCCUUCCGGGUAAAGUGCGCCAAUAAUCGCUUCUAUCUUUUAAGCGAUGGUAAAUAUGUUCAAACCGUGAACAGGAGGUGGAUUAAUGCCUGACUAUAUAUAUACAUAUACCGUGUAUGUUGAUGAUGGUGAUGCCGCUGAUAAUGGAAUUUAAUAUUUUGUCUGGAUCUUAAAAACAGUGACAAGAUUCUAUAUUAAUGGCAGAAGAAGCCGCAAAAGGUCAGGGAGAGACAGAUCGCGCAACAGAGAAAGACAGUGCGCAUGAAUGACCAACACUAACGAUGAGAUACAUGUAAGAAUAACAAUAAUUAUAUAAUAGUAUAUAUCUAUAUCUGUGUGUGCGUGUGUGUACGACCAUGUAAGAUAACAACAGUUGAUAAAACGGGCUCAUUAAUGGCAAUGCGCCUUGUACAUCAAGCGCAGCUCGGGGAUCGCAGGUGAAAAUGGCAGAAAGAAUCUAUUAAAUGAAAGACAAUACGGCACCAGCAUUGAUGCAUGCGUGUGGCAGUUGUGAUGGUUGCCGUUGUCAAAAGCCGCAUACUGCGAUGCCAUGACACACCCUGCCAUGUGUUUGGGGGAAUUGCGACGCGUGGGUGCUCGGUCCUUGAUACCAUAAUAGUAGUAACAGUAAUAGUUUAUUCCCUCGCCCCCUAAGUCUGUCCUAAAGUAGUCUAGUCAGCGUAACAAAGCGGUAAGAGGCCACAAAGACAUCAUGAGGGGUAUUUGACGGAAUCGAUAUAGUACGGUUAACAAGAGUGCCUCCGCCUGCGCCUGCUGCACAGUCCGGCAACACACACAGAACGCUAUUUCAGUGGCUACGCUACACGCACGUCGGUUCCCCUAGCGCUUAUUUUCAUAUGGGUGUGGUCAGUGAAAAUGUGCGGCUUCGAGUAGUCCCCAUGCAUAUGGCACUAUAUAUCCAUUACAAGUCCAGCUAUUUGGAGCCGAUCGAUCAGUGUGGAAAACAUCUUAUUAUUGUCGUUUCAUUAAUAGGACGGAGAAGAAAUAAAUAUUGAGUGAAAAAACUGGUCGAGUAAGAUCAGACAAACAGGGCGGAUCGAAACAAAGGAAAAACUUGUUUUUUGCUGGAGAAAAACGUAAUUUUGUUAGUUGUGCACUAUAAGCGGAAAACAAAGUGUGCGCACAUAAAGCGGAUCACAUUAUAAACUGAUUACAAUUAUGAUGAUGAUUACUAUUAUUGUGGGUAAUAAUUAUAUAGUGCAACACAAAGGAGCAGAAUUUAUGAGCAAGCAAUGCAAAAGAAACGAAUGGAUCGUUGAAGAACCUAUAAAAAGAGAGAGAAAAAUUGAACAGUGUAAAACAUGAAAACUCUCCAGUUAGAUCCUGCCCACGAAGGAUAAGAUAUGAUAAAAUGUAAACGACAUAACCGGCUGUAAACUGUAAACGGAAUCGAGAAUAAGAGAAAUCUAGCCUCAAUUAUUAGCCUAAUUCAGCAUAGGCCUCUCCGAGUACUUGUAGCUUUAUUAUUCGUUUAUUACAAUAUUCUCGAUUAUAGCUCUUAUUACUGUUAUCACGGCAAUUACUAUUAUUCUGAUUAUUAUAUCAUCAUAACUGUACUUUAUGUUGACUGUAGACAAAAAAAGAUUAGGUGUCGCAUAUGUCCUCCUCAUUUGAUAUGAUUACAUAUAUAUACAUACAUACUGGUAAAUGAUAGCUACGGUAAUGUCGAUGUCUAUAUACAUAUUGUUAUUAUAUAUACAAGCAUAUAUAUAUAUAUAUAUAUAUAUAUAUAUAUAUAUAUAUAUAUAUAUGAGAAGCAGCUUGCUUUUGUCAGGUUCGGUUUUUCUUAACAUAGAAACAAGAAGAAGACAUCUUAGAAAGCAGUAUAUAUAUAUAUAUAUAUAUAUAUAUAUAUAUAUAUAUAUAUAAUGUAGUAGAUAAUUUUGUAUAUAUUGUGCAUACAUAUAAUACUGUACUGUUGGUGGCUCGACCAGAAUAUGACAGGUCAGCUCCAUCGGGCCUAGACAGAAUGAUGACAUAAGAAAAAUUUCUUUGUACUAUAUUAUUAUAAUUAUUAAUACAAAAAUUAGUAUUGUUUCCACAAUAUGCGUAACUAUUCUGUUGUUAAAAACGAGAAGUUUAUAAACAUACGACGCAGAGAAUGAAAACAAAUAAACGGUUCACGUUGCGCAGUUUGUGCGUGUAGCCGAUCGCUUUUAAGUUAUCAACUUAGCGAAAUGAUCUUGGUUAUAACAACAUACACAUAAGAAUAUAUCUACAUAUAUUCUUAUGUGUAUAUAUGAACGAGUACGUAUACAGCAAGCAUGACGGGAUGAUUAUUAUUACGAAGUACCAUAAUAACAAUAUAUCAACAUGGAAUUGAGUUUCUGGAGAAAUUUUCCUCCAUGUUUUGUUCAUGGCUGGUUCAUUCAUUCAAGUUAAUAUCUUCAUUGCUAUUAUUAUAGUUCAUACACGAAUUAUUUUACUCUUUCUCCACUAACAGAAAGCGUGAAGCCUACCCAUGUAUUGGUUACCAUCACAGUGUGUACUUGUAUGAUAGUGCUACAAUAACUGCUUCUACUACUAUUGUUAUAAUUAUUAUUACUUAUUUACGAAAUGGUAACAGAAGCUAAAAGGGACGAGUACGAUUCUUAUAAUGAGGGUCGUCGAUUUGAGCAAUUGGUCCUCAGUCGGAAACAUGAUGGAUUAGCAAUAACAAGUUGAUCUUCUUCAGAAUACCAGAAAAUUCACCGGUCUCUUGGCCAGGACUGCGACUUCGAAUUGGAACAGCGCAAUAAAUAAGAUAAUGGGCAAAACAUAUUCAGAUUCACUAACAUGGUAUGAAACUGGUCGUGUAAGUUGUUACCAUAAUGGAAAACAAACCCUAGAUUACGCCACCCAGAUAGUAAAAAUCUCGUGGAGAAAUUUGUCCUGAAAUUAUUGCUUUUUGUAGAAUCGAGAAUUCAUUUCUAAAUGGAACAGGGCUAUUUUAUACGUAGAAAUUGUUGUUAACCGAAUGGUUUCUUUCUCCGGGGUAUGUAAUUACAAACUACAUACGCUAUUCCACGUGGUGGCCUCCCCACCAGAAAACAUUAAAUUGAAAGGUUGAUACAACUAGCGUCAAUGCACAAGAUUCUGUCCUAUAUUGUCGAUCGAUAACGUGAGAGCGGGUUAGUUUGUCACAGGGUGUGCUAUUCAGUCUCUAUAACCGAUCCUUACGGAGGUACGGCAAAGAAAGUCUGACAAUUACAUAGUUAAUAAUAAUAAUAUAUCGCAAUAUGAAGAUAUGAACUAGAUUCCAACAACAACAGUAGUAUUAUUCGAGCCAUUUUGAUAGUAAUCUAUCGCUUAACUUCCCUCUCACUCGCUCAUACAGAUAAGAAGGUACAUUUCAAAAAGAUGGUUCAUUUAACCGCAUUCCUACGGAGAAUACAACAACAACAGCUUAUCUGUACAUUAAUCAAAUCGUCCAACGGUGGAAUCAAAGGGUAAAAUUAACUAUCAUUAAGUGUAACGAAAAUUUAGUAAAUUGUGCUUUUUGCCACCUACUUGCUUAGCUUUUAUCUAAAGACUUUAAGGGAGCAUGAGCAUUCCACAGUAAUGUUGAAUACUUUCGUAAAAGUUUAGUUGCACCUGUUUCUAAACGGAAUUUUAAAAUUACGUUAAUUGGAUUACACUUUCCUGCUUAUAGGUAUAAACCGUGAUAUAUCAAAGCUAUAUAUAGAGAACAAUAAAAAUGUCGACACAUACAGAAUUUUCAUAACUUAGCAACUGAUAAUAACGGUUAUUAAUUUUGUUAAACCUACGAUCGGCAUCGUUAUACGAAAUUCAUCGAAAGUGAAAAGAGGCACCUACAAAAUCUCUUCAAUAACUAGAUUCAUCUCGUUAGAGAGAAAGUAGACGCGGAGCAAGACCUCGCCUUUUUAUUGCGCUGGACCUGAGUAUUGGCGGUGACGAUACUUUUGUUUGCAACCAAAUGACACGAAUGUGUCGAAAACUGUCGAUUCCAACGUGGGCUCUUUGCUUGGAAGUUGUUUUUUAUCUGGAUUGAGCGUGCAACAUGUUCUUCGAAACGGUAGGGUUGUUGUGCUGUUUUCAUCGAGGACAAAUCUUUGUGACCAAGAAAUAUAUUUGAAGGUGGGUGUAAUAAUGGUAAUCAUAGAGACAACGCGGAUACUAUACAUUUCGCAAAAGUUCAACCAGUGACAUGAGCAAAAUAACGGUGACUAUGACGAUGACGACGAGAAUAUGAUAGCCAUUUAUAAAAAGCACCACAAAAACAAUUAGGUAGUUUCGACCGCUCUAACAUAACCAUUAAUGGUCGAGGCGCAUUAUUGUCUCUUGAUUGUAAAUAAACCUAUGCAACAGUUGCUCUGUCAGAAGACAAAAAAGGC